AACCGCGCGGUCGGGCCAGUUCCUCUGCAGUAGUUGCGAGACGCAGAGCUCCUUCGGCGGGAGACAGGCGUCCUUCAGGAAUCUUUAUUAUCCUUAUUAUUAUCGUUUCACCGGGAGGAAGAUUUAAAACAAAAUAAAGCGGCUUCAUUUGAAAAAGGCCAGAGAUGAAUACCGUCCGCAUCGAAGGACCCAGGAGAUGCCUUCUGCUCCUCCUGCUGUCUUUUUUGGCCUUCUCCCGGGGGCAAGUGUUCUUCCCCGGGGAGGAGGUGCCUCAGGGAGGUGCCGCAGGGCCCCCAGAAGAACGAAGGGCGCCCCCUGCUGCAGGAUCCGCCGCCAUCUUCUUCCCUAGGGUCGUUGCAAAACCUGAGGUCCCCUGUAAGACGUACAGAGGGGAGUCCGGCCUUUGCAAGUUGCUGAUCGAGUGCGCAACAUUCUACGCGGAGAUCGCUGAAUUGUCUCGAUCGCCCUGCACGAUCAACAGCGAUCAGGACGGCGUCUGCUGCCUCCCAUCCAAGCAAGUUCAGCCCACCUCAGACAUCGGGGGCCUGAUCAGCAAACAACCCGAAAUCAGCGUCCCAGUUCCAGACCUUCAGCUGCCUCAGCUGGACCACGCUUGCUCCAAGGGCCUGGACGAACUGAAGCAGAAGGAGAUCUUCGAGGCAGAGCUGCUGAAAAACAACAUCGUAGCCCAGAAGGGAACGCCCGUCUUCUUCCACGCCCAGCUCUUCCAGACCACGCCCGAAAUCGUCAACAAGGCCAAGGAUGCCUCCAAGAAUGUCAUGGCUUCCAUCAACCUCGUGGAGGACCACGGCCUCACCAAAGAGCAGAGCGGCUUCGGCCUGCCCAAGUUCGGCCUCCAGAACACCAUCAUUGCCAAUACGUGCCCCAAGGACCCCUUGUGCCCAGAUACGAAGUACCGUGCCAUCGAUGGUAGCUGCAACAACAGGGCCAAUAAGAAUUGGGGCAAGGCUGGGACGGCCUUCCAGCGAAUCCUGGCUCCGGAUUAUGAAGACGGAGUGAACUCUCCCCGCCAGAAGUCCGUCACGGGAAGGCCUUUGCCGUCGGCUCGCGCGAUAUCUUCGAAGGUCGUCCUCCACCAGCACGACGUCUACGAGAACUUGACGAUCCUCAUCAUGCAGUGGGGACAGUUCCUCGAUCACGACGUCACCCACACGCCCAUUACGAAGGGUAAGGACAUCUCCGACAUCACCUGCUGCAAGAGAGGGCAGCGCAGGGAGCCCAACGAACUCCACCCCGACUGCCUCCCCAUCGAGAUUCCAGAGGACGAUACUUUCUAUGGACAGUUCGGUCAGAGGUGCAUGGAAUUCGUGCGGUCCAUGCCCGCCCCCAGACCCGAUUGUAACUUUGGCCCUCGGGAGCAGAUGAACCAGAUUACUUCUUUCAUUGAUGCCAGCAACGUCUACGGCUCGCGCUCCGAGGAGGCGAAGGGGCUGCGCACCUUCAGCGGAGGAGAGCUGAAGGUGAAGAUGCACAACGGGCAUCCCCUCCUGCCCAGCAACCCAUCCGAGUGCCGGGACUCCUCAGGCAACUUCGCCUGCUUCAAAGCAGGCGACUCCAGGGUCAACGAACAGCCCGAAUUGGCAGUCAUGCACACCAUCUGGGUCCGGCAGCACAACAAGCUGGCCCGGGCCCUGGCCAGCCUAAAUCCGGGAUGGACGGACGAGAUCCUCUACCAGGAGGCGCGCAGGAUCGUCGCUGCCCAAAUGCAACACAUCACGUACAAGGAGUACCUGCCUAUCGUUCUCGGACGUACCUUCAUGGAGACCUUCGGCCUCGUGCCCAGGAAGGAAGGCUAUGCCCCCGGGUACAGGGAGGACAUUGACCCCUCCGUCACAAACGCCUUCGCCGCCGCUGCCUUCAGAUACGGACAUACCCUCAUCGCCGGGAACAUGGAAGGAUACGGUAAAUUCGGGACCGUCGAGCAGAGUCUGAGACUGAGUGAGAAUCAGUUCUCGCCCUUCUUCUUGUACAGGCAAGGCGGUCUGGAUUCUCUUCUCCGUGGUCUGUCGAUCCAGGCCAGUGAGAAAUUCGACCACCACUUCACCGAUGAGCUAACCAACCACCUCUUCGGAGGCCGACGGCCCUUCGGCAUGGAUCUUGUGGCUCUGAACAUCCAGAGGGCGCGUGACCACGGCAUCCCCAACUAUAACAAGUGGCGCCAGAUAUGCGCACUUCCCCUGGCCAAGAGCUUCGAUGACCUCCGAGAUGUGAUGGUGCCCCAGGUGAUUGAGCAACUCCGUGUCCUGUACGACGACGUCAACGACAUCGACCUCUUCAUUGGUGGAAUCGCGGAGACGCCCUCAUCCGGGUCCCUGCUGGGCUACACUUUCCUCUGCAUCGUUGGCGAUCAGUUCGCACGUCUCAGGCUGGGCGACAGAUUCUUCUAUGAAAACGGAGGCCUCCAGUCAUCGUUCAACGAAGCUCAGUUGGACGAGAUCAGGAAGACGAGUUUGGCCCGAGUGAUGUGCGACAAUUCGGACGAACUGGACAUGAUGCAGCCCCUGGCGUUUGUUCAGGCACACUUGGCGAACAAACGCGCCCUCUGCCGAGUAGGGAACCUCAUUCCCCAGAUGAGUUUGGACCCCUGGAGAAAUGAGCCAGUCUGGAGUUAGUGAGAAAUAAAAAGGAAAGAAGAAAAUUAAUUGGAUAACAGGAGAGAUAAAGAAAAGUAGAAAAAACUAAUGAAAUGAUGUAUUGGAAGGAGAAAAUAAUGCAAAGGAAGUAGAAAGGAGAGUUGAAAACGUAAAUUAAACUAAAAUUAAUAUGACGAAGCAGUAGAAAAUAGAUGUGAUAAAAAGGAAUUUGAAAAAAUAAAACAAACAACACUGUUGUAAUAUCCAUAGCAUUGUCUAUAUAAAAAUGAUAACAAAUAUUGGAUAUUUAUAGUUAAUGUAGUACUUUUACAUAACUUAUUUACAAUUGUCUUGAGGUAAAGAGGGGUACAAUAAAAAUUAAAUUAUUAAA